GACAAGAUGGCGGACGAGAAGGGUGAAAGUGCAGGCCAACCAGAUUACAAACGAAUCGCUACCAAGAUCGCUUCGAUUCUUACACCUGUUGGUUUGGAGUCUCAUCCUUUCAAGAUUGGAUGGUACAAUGACCUAUUAACUCACAAAAACUUCUGCUUCGACUACAAUCCAGAUACUCUUGCUUUCAUUAUCAUCAGCACCCCAGAAAUGUUCGAACAAGGAUUCAAACCGUUUGUCAUCAAUAAAUUUGAUUGUCUAGCCACACCACGAGACCCUAUAGAUGAGUUUGUGAGCCAGGUGUUUUUAAAAGUCAAAAAUGAAUUUCCAGAAUUCGAUGUUGAACCAAUACAUGACUUUGAGGUGCAUCCAAACAGGAGGCCGAAAGUUCUCGUACAGACGGCAGCCCAUGCUGCUGGAGCUGCGUAUUUUUAUCAGCRCCAGGAUGUCACCAAUGACCCUUGGGGUGAAAAGAAGAAGAUCUAUGGAGUGUCUGUUCAUCCAAAAUAUGGUGGCUGGUUUGCUAUGAGAGGAGUUUUAAUCUUCAAGGAUGUUCUAGUACCUUCUCUUCCAAGAUCUGAACCACAGGAUGUCGUUGUGGGGGAUGAAAAAAGAAUAGAAUUGCUAGAAAAGUACAACUUCCACUGGAAGGAUUGGAGCUUUAGAGACAUUGUUCCAGCUGCUUCGAAAUAUUCAGAGCAGCAGAAGAAGUAUUUUGCUACUCUGCCAGCCAAUCGUAAGGAGUUGUUAAAUGAAAUUCUGGAGGCUUAGAAGUCACUAAAACUCAGGGUUUGCUAAAGAUAAAGCUGUGGAAUUUUUUUAAAACUAUAAAGUUAAACUGGGAAGCUAGGAAAUGGACUUGUAAACACUGAAUAAUGCAUGGUUAUUGGUUAGAAUAAUACCUAAGUUUUCUUAAAUUAUAAUGAACUACUACAUUGUUCUGAUUGCAGACUCGUUUACUCAGGGAAAGCUUUAUUCAUUCUCAAAAUAUUCACUAAUAAUUUCCAAUGGUAAAAAAUAUGAAAGAAGCAGAGCUUUAACAAUACAAGCACUGCAACUGAACAUUCACUGAAACAUAAUUAUUUUGUGUAAAAAUGAGGCCAAGGCACCCUAGGUUUCAGAGGCUCUAUCACUGCAGUGCUUCUUGGCCAUAAGUUUCCCAAGAAGCAAGAAGAGUGAGAGAGUCUUUGGACCACAGGGUACAAGCUAAGGCUAACCCUGAGCAACGGAGAACUCGCAGUAUUUCAGAUUACAGUGCGAAUCGAAAAACCGUGGGCACCUAGAAAUAUUCUAGGAAUGUUCUAUUCUUCUUUGGUCAAUUAGAAUUGACUUUCUAGCCACAAGAUAAUGGAAAGAUAACAAUAACGCUUCUGAUUGGCUAUUGAACAUUCUUGAAAUAUUUCUCUUGUCCACGGUUUUUCAAUUUGCACUGUAAUGUGUAGGUGAGAAUAAAAAAGUAAAAGUAUUUUCUAUUUAAAUAAAUUUUGAUAUUUAUUUGCUGCAGAGUGAAGUCAUUAAACCUGUGCAAUAGAUGUUGGACUAAUAGACUUUAGUAGACCCUAAUUCCAUUGUUUUCUUUUGUGUCUAGUUGAAUAUUACGUGCUGACUAGUAUCUUUCAUUUCACGAGUUAAAUGCUUUCACUCUAAUGCAUAACAUUAUUUAAAAUAGUUUUGUUAAACCUGGUUUUGGUUCUAAAUGACUCUUGUGUGAUAAUGAUUGCCUCAUUGACUCAAGGUUCAAUGGGUUUUCCAGAACUGGGCACUUUAUCUGUUUGGUUUAAACCAACACCAAUAGAGCUCUUUAGUUUGAACAUGAUAUUUUCCCAUUUCAGACAAAAUAUCAUUACCUUGAAUAUAAAUUGAGAAGACACAUGGACUUGGAUAAUGACUCAAUUAAGAAAAUAAUAAGAAUGUAAUGAUAAAAGGGUAAAUUUUAUACCGUGAAAAGAUGAUGUUUCGGACGCCAGUCCUUCGUUG